GACUGACAGCAGCCCCGCAGUUUGCCUCCUAGGAACGCGUCCGAACCGGAACCAGGUGUGGAGGGGCUGGGACGCGGAGCCCCACACGCUGCAGGUGCCUGAGAGCUGCAUUUGCUCUUCAUGCCACACGCCUGCCUGUACCAACGGUUUCUUAACGCUCUCCUGUUGUUCAGAAGUCUGCAGAUCCUUUCGCACAUGCCGUUUCAAAUACCAUGAAUUAGAUGACCUGCCUCUAAUGGAGGAAGGGAGAGGGAAAUAGAAAAACAUCAAUGAUGAGAGAGAAUCAUGGAUCAGUUGACUCCUGCACACCCCUGAUCGAGCCUACAACCCAGAAAUGUGCCCGGACCGGAAAUUGAACCAUGACCUCCUGGUUCAUAUUUUGAUGCUCAACCAUGACCCCCUCCACCAGGUCCCCGCCUCACCCAAGGCUUUCACCACCUUACUGUCUGUGUUCACAGGCAUUCUGGAAUUUAUCAGUAUAGCCGUGGGCCUUGUCAGCAUUCGAGGCGUGGACAGUGGACUCUACCUCGGCAUGAAUGAGAAGGGGGAGCUGUACGGAUCAGAAAAACUAACCCAAGAGUGUGUAUUCAGAGAACAGUUUGAAGAAAACUGGUAUAAUACGUACUCUUCGAAUCUCUAUAAACAUGUGGACACUGGAAGGCGAUACUAUGUUGCAUUAAAUAAAGAUGGGACCCCAAGAGAAGGAACGAGGACUAAACGGCACCAGAAAUUCACACAUUUUUUACCAAGACCAGUGGACCCUGACAAAGUACCUGAACUAUAUAAGGAUAUUCUCAGCCAAAGUUGACAAAGACCAUUUCUUCACUUGAGCCCUUAAAAAAGUAACCACUAUAAAGGUUCCGUGCAGUGGGUUCUUAUUGAUUAGCUGUGUCAUCACAUCUGCUCCACUGUUGCCAAACUUUGUCGCAUGUAUACCGUAGGAUGGAGGCUUGGAUGGGGAUGUGCUGACUUUGUGUUGCACUUACAUGCCUGUCCUCUGGGAGGCCUGCCUGUGCCCACUUGAUUUAUUGUGAGAAGAGACAAGGGUGUAUGUAUGUUAGUGUGUGUAUGUGUGAGUGUGAGUGGAUGAGCAGCAGGAAAUCAAAGACAGGAGCAAAGUAGAAGAUGGUAGCCUGAUGCAUGCUGGGGAAUAGACACACUUUCACAUGUCCAAUCAGUUGUCCUUCCGCUGGUAUCAGCACGCUGCCACACUUUGACUCAUGGGAUCUUGGCUGGUCGUCUGCUCAAGGGUACACUGCAUUUUCAAAGGCAUGGAGGGUGCAGUCUUACUUAAGAGACCUUUUCAGUUAAUUCUCACUGGUGCCAUCCCAGUGAAUUUAAAGCAAAGAUCUCUU